GAGGCGUUCGAUCGCUCUAUCGUACCCAGCGUAGCCGUCCGGUGCAAGCUGCUGACCAGCGUGAAGAACCGAUGAGCCGAUGUCUCGAGCGGCUGCUCAGCAUCACAGGGGCGAGAUUGGACGUCCCGAGGGCAAACGACGCACUCAAGGAAACGGAUCACAAAGCGGCCCAGUGGAAGCUCAGGUCAAAUGCAACGCCGUCGCCGUCACUCCUCGCCCGCAAGUCCGAUUCCAAAAAAGUCACAUUGAAGGAGCGUCCAGCGAAUUAGCAUCUGGCAUGACCACGAGCCCCCCUCCCUCGAUCACUGUUGCACACACACCGCCCCGCCGCUUCUCCCUUCCCUUCCUCUCCCUCCAUCCCAUCUCGUCCUUCCCCCCUCCCCCACCUUCCCUUUACCAACUUUCCUGCCACUAUCUUCUUCUUCGCGUAGAGCACUUGAGGGCGGCAUCGUGGACUGCUGCCCAUCAAUCUGCCUGUCCACCUUGCCCGCCGUAGGCUGCUUUCUGCCACGCCUUAGGCUCCAUUUUGCCCUACUUUCUUGCCCGUGUCUUUCCCUCCUCUACGACAAGCAGCGUUACUAGGUUUUCCUUUUUUUU